UCAACCCCCACAUACAAAACCUCUCUGCCUCUCAAAAUAUUCAACCAAGAAAAGAAAGGAAUUCCCUUUGCACACACCAGAGGCCCAGAGCUCUAUAUCUAUAUCUAUCCUCUGUCUCGCCAUUUUGGAAUUCUGCAAUCUCAGAAUCUCUCUUUGCAAGAUUACAAUGGCCACAUUUAUCAGAAGAAUCAUUGUCAGCUACAUUUUCCUCGCAUUAUGUCUCUUUGCAGGAACUGGGUUUUUGCCAGGCGUGGCAUCGUUUGGAAUCAACUACGGCCAAGUUGCCAACAACUUGCCGCCACCUGACAAGGUUCUGGAGUUCUUGAGCUCCCUUAAGAUCACAAAAGCAAGAAUCUACGACACCAAUCCUCAGGUGUUAAGUAACUUCGCUAAUUCCAACGUUGAGCUCAUUGUAACUGUGGAGAACCAAAUACUAAGCCAAUUGGGUGAUCCUCAACAAGCCCUUCAAUGGGUGAGCACCCACAUCAAGCCUUACGUCCCAGACACAAAGAUCACGGGGAUUCAAGUUGGGAAUGAGGUCUACACUGAUGAUGACACAACCCUCGUUCAGUAUUUAGUACCAGCCAUGGUUAAUAUUCAUAAUGCCCUAGCUCAACUAGGUAUAGGCUCAAACAUCCAUGUUUCAACACCUUGUUCCUUAGCAGUGCUUCAGGAAUCUUACCCACCUUCGGCUGGUAGUUUCAAAAGUGAGAUUUCUGGGACUAUGAACCAGCUUUUGAACUUCCUGUCUAGCACUAAAUCACCUUUUUGGAUCAAUGCCUACCCUUAUUUCGCUUACAAAGAUAACCCAACAGGGAUUUCUUUGGACUAUGCAUUGUUUAAUCCUAAUGCAGGGAUGGUUGACCCUAACACCCACCUGCACUAUGAUAAUAUGCUGUACGCUCAAGUAGAUGCAGUUGUAUUUGCCAUGGCUAAACUGGGAUAUAAUGGGAUAGAGGUUAGGGUAUCAGAAACUGGUUGGCCGUCAAAAGGAGACCCUAAUGAAUCUGGUGCCACAGUUAUCAAUGCAGCAACUUAUAACAGAAAUUUGUUAAGAAGGCAAAUGGCAAAUGAAGGGACACCUCUAAGGCCUAGAAUGAGGCUCGAAGCGUACCUAUUUGCUUUGUUCAACGAGGAUAUGAAGCCUGGACCAACCUCAGAAAGAAAUUAUGGCCUCUUUCAACCUGACGAAUCCAUGGCUUACAAUGCAGGGCUAUCUGCUCUUUCAACCACUUCAACAGCUUCAAUUUCUCUUACCUCCUCCGCUGCUAAGACAAAGGGAGCUCCAAUGGAUUACAGGAGUUUGGUCUUCUGGAUGAUUGUGUGUUUGAUGACCUCAACUCUUUUUGUGAGAACAACACUGUAGGCCUACUGGGUACUUACCCAUGUAUAUAUAUACAAGAACAGUGGGGAUUUUACUUCGUUCGAGUCGCAAAACAGAGACCUCCAAGCAAAGGCACUUCAAGCACCUCAACAACGAUGCGACUGGACGUGAUAAGCGACCCUAGUUUGCGGAAAUAGGGACCAAUACACUUCGCCAGACGAUGGAGGCUACAAAACCAUCCAUAAUAUUGUAAAGGAAAUGAGGAUUUGAAUAGAAAGAUCAUCCUAUCAUAAGUCACUUUCCUUCGACAAGCAUGUGGUGGUGACGUGAAAUUGAAAUUAUUUUUAGGUAGAUAAGGGACAAAAGCCAUCUCAUUCUUUAUUUCAGGAUGAUGUAGAAAAUUAAGUCCUAAUUUCGGCUUAUUUACUUAAAAUUAUCAACUAGGACAUGGAUUCGGAUGUUGCAAGUCAUGUAGAGUUAAUUCCAUUCAUGCAAAGAAGAAAAAAGUUGCAGCUUGGGGAGAAAGUGUUGUUGAAGCUAGCCUUGUCUGCCGUAUGUCUCAACUCAUUGGUUGGUGGGAAAAGCCCCUCCUUUGGGGACGUGGAAUCCAUAACUGUUCCUAUUUGUGUAUAUAUAUAUAAAUACAAAGAUUACUAUUCCUCC